GUGCCAGGCUCGCGGGGUGCUGUGGGUGCUGUGCAAGGGUGCCGUGCCGGGCUCGCGCGGUGCUGGAAGGGCCGGCCUCUGGCUGUGCUGGCUUGCUUUGGGGUGAGGCUUGGGUGCUUGGCCCUGGGAGCACAGAGGGACGCCUGGGGCUCGCUGGGCUCUGCAGAAAGGUGAUGGUGGUGUGCUGGAAUUCGCAUAAUUAAUUGUCUUGCCAUAACCUAUUAAGCGUUGCCCUCACAGCCUCUCGAUGGUGUGGCUGUGACUCAGCCUGGACUGGGAGCGUGGAGGGCGGAUGGACGUGUGCUCCCAGGGUCCCUCCAGCUCUGGAGAAGCGUAUCGAUAAUCUCUAAGUAUUUAUUUCGGUCCUCUUUGGAGGCUGGACAUUGCAACGCGUGCAUGGCACAUCCAGCAGCCAGUAUUUGCAGGCCAGACCACCACGGACCUGAAAAGCCUCUUGGGGUUUUUUUUGGUGCCUUUCUUAGUGAUUCCCCCACCGCGCCUGGUCGGCGGGACUCCCUGAGCCCCCCGCUUCUGGUCUUUGCUGGUGCAGCUCCGAUGUUUGCCGGCAGCGGCUGGUGAACGUUGCGUGGCUCACGGUGUAAGUUCUGCUCGGGCGCUGCCGUGUGCCAGCACCCGGCUCCUCCGUAAACGGCCUUUGCUCCGUUUGCCACGAUCGAUAACGUGGCCGCGAUUGAUAACGCAGCAAGUCCCAGCUCCCGAGCGGGUUUGUUGAGAGCAAAGUUUGUGUUUAACGGGGAGCUGGGGAAGGCGCUGGAGGGAACAGCAGCCGUGGGGCAGGAGCAGCUCUGCCGCUUGGGCUGCGUUCGGGAACACCAAUGCUUGCACAGGGUCGUGUGGGAUCAGGCCGAGCUGUGCAGAUAUUAAUGCUACCCUCAAUUGCUACUCAAUUAAGCAGAACAGGGAGCUGCCGGGGCACCAGCAUCAUGCCCUGCCCUUUGCUACAACCACUUCUGGGUGGAAACUCAAGGCGAGCUUGGGGUUUCUCUUCCUGCAAAGCUUUUUGCUUUAAUUAUUAACCGGUGCCAGGCAGUGCCAUGGCUUGUGGCUGGAGAUAAGCCAGUGCUGGGGGGAGCCCGGUGCCCUCAGGGCCAGCGGCUGCCUCCCCUGCCCUCAGCACACAGCCCCCCACGGCGGAUCCCGCAGCACCCGCAAGCGCAGGUAGGGUGCGGGUCCUUCCAGCUCCAGUUUGGCAGGGGUGAGGGUUUGGGGGCAGGCACAGACCCCCUGGGAACCAUCCUUCUCCGGCUGCUGUAGGAUAUCUUCCUGCUCCUGGCCGUGUUUAUCAGCGGUUGGGCUGCUCUUGUCCCAGGCUGGCUGAGGCAGCCGGGGACCGUCGGGCUAAAAAUAAUAUCAGUAAAUAAAACGCUUCCUCCUGGCCUGGCACGCAGGAGCGGAGGCGCAGGGAGCCGGGACGUGCCCGGCUGUCGCUCCGCAGCGGCGCUGGCCCCGUGCCGGCAAGGUCCUGGGUUGGUGCCACCGGCUCCGGCCCCGGCUGGGUGCCCGCAGGACCCCGCUGCCCAGUUCCUGGGGACACGGUGGCCUGUGGCAUCCCCGGUGCCGGCAGCAGGAUGUCACGGGCGGGUGCUGGACGUCUGGAUCCCCGGGGUGACGCGGCGAUGUCCCACGGCAGCAGGGAUGCCCGUGUCCACCCCGUGCCCUGACUCAGGCGAGCUCCGCGCUCGCUCAGUUUUUCCAUCGGCGGCGCGGGACUCCCACGGGGCCCCGUCACGCCUGGUACGUGCCCUGGGGACACCGGUGACGGCUGGAAGGGUGCGGGACGCGGCAUCCCGGUCACGGCCACGUCAGCCCCACGCGCCUGGGCGGCGAGGUGUCGGCGGGAGCCAGCCGCCCACGCGGGGCUGCUCGCAGUGGGGCACCCCGCUUCACCCCCUGCCCCGAAAGCAGCACCCUCGGUCCCCCGGUCUGGGGCAUAAGGGCUGCGGUGGGGCCGAGCCGUGUGCCGGAGUGGCGAUGCAGUGGGAGGGGGGGGCCACCGUAGUGGCUGGGGGGGGUGGGCACAGCCCCAUCCCUGCUCCCUCAGGAUGCCUGAACCCACAGAAAGCCAUCCCCAUCCCUGUCCCCUUCCCUGCAGUGCCAGUGCCAGAGGCAGCUUUGGCUUCCUCUUCCUCAUCCUCUUCCUCACCUGUGCCCUACCUGGCGGGGGUGUCGAUCAGCUGAGGCUGCCUGGCCCCUCCCUGGGCUGGGCACGGCUAUAAAAGCCGGGGACCGAGCAGAGGGUGGCACCGGGAGCCGGGAGCUGUUGGCAGGUGAGUCCAGGGGUGCCAGGGUUGGGCUUUGGGGUGGGGGGGUCCUCAUCCGUCUGGAGAUGCUGCUGCGGUCCCUGGGCUGCGUGUGGGAUCCUGCCCGGUUCCCGCAGGGCUUGGAGUUGGGUCUGGAUUUGGCCCCUACGCCCCGAGUUUUUGGACUGGACGAUGCGUUUCGGGACACACGACGGCGUGGGGCAGGGUUGGGUGGCACAGCCUUGCCGUGGGCACAGCGUGAGGUGCGCUGGGUCGGGGUGGGGGGGGCAGAGGGGACCGAUGGGGGCACUGCGAGGAGCAGUCGGAGAGGCUGUUCCCAUGGGACACCCCACUCCUGUGUCCGGGUGAUGCUGGAAGGGCCCCGCUGGGCAGGCGGACAUGGGGAGUGGGACUCACUACGAGCCGAGCGAUGCCUGGGGUGCCCGUGCCCAGCACGCAGCCGCCCGUGUCCCACCUGCCGGGAACUGGUGGAGGCGGUGACCCCAGUGACACGGCCCUGAGUCACACCGGAGGCCCCGGGUGACAGCCCGUCUCCGGCACACGGAGCCAGGCACGUGAGCCGGGAGGAAUGCUCGGGGAGAGGGUACCCCAUCCCCGAACCACCCCGUUCCCAGGCGCGGCGGCGGCAGCGAUGGCAACGCUCUACCCCUCCCUGGAGGACAUGAAGGGCCACCAGAUCUUGCAGGCGCAGGCAGCUGCCGGGGUAAGGACGCCCGCCACGACGGUGCUCACGGAGAAGCCGAAGCUCGUCUCGGACACCGCGCCGCCCGUGCUGUACCCCAACCUGGCUGAGCUGGAAAGCUACAUGGGGCUCGCUCUUUCCAGCGAAGAGAUCCAGAAGAACCUGCUCCCGGAAAGCAGCACUGCGCUGACCCCCGCCGGGCCCCCCCCAGGCCAGCUGGUUGCCCCCCUGACCGGGAACAACGCGGGGCUGCGCCGGGCAGAGAUCAAGCCGGGCGUGCGGGAGAUUCACCUGUGCAAGGACGAGCGGGGCAAGACGGGGCUGCAGCUGAAAAACGUCGACCAGGGCAUCUUCGUGCAGCUGGUGAAGGUGAACUCGCCGGCAGCGCUGGUGGGGCUGCGCUUCGGUGACCAGAUCCUGCAGAUCGAUGGCAAGAACUGCACGGGCUGGAGCAGCGACAAGGCGCAGCGGGCGCUGAAGAAGGCGUCCCCAGAGAAAAUUGUCAUGGUGGUGCGGGACAGACCUUUCCAGCGCACCGUCACCGUGCACAAGGACAGCAACGGCCACAUCGGCAUCGUGGUCAAGAAGGGGAAAAUCGUGUCGCUGGCCAAGGACAGCUCUGCCGCCCGCAACGGCCUCCUCACCCACCACUGCAUCUGCGAGGUGAACGGCCAGAACGUCAUCGGCAUGAAGGAUAAGCAGCUGACGGAGGUGCUGGCGGGGGCCGGGAACGUGGUCACGCUGACCAUCAUCCCCACCGUGAUCUACGAGCACAUGGUCAAACGGCUCUCGGCGGGGCUGGUGAAGUCAGCCAUGGACCACUCCGUCCCCGACCUCUGAUGCGAUCGCUGCCGUCCCAGAGGGCUGACGCGGGAAGCUCGGAGGGGCUGCGAAGGUACCCCCGCAGCAUCCCCAAAAGAAGCUGGCUUAGCGCAAAAACCCUCAUCCCUAUAGAGGCUGGUGGCUGCCGGGUGGCGCGGGGGAACUGCCAGCCCGCGAUGUCCUCUUCUCCCUUUCAUCGGCAGGGAUGGGGCACGUGUCUCCCACUGUCCUGGGGUCCCCGUGUCCCCCCG